AUGUCUCUGUGGCUGCCCUCCAUCUGUGGCACAUGGAAACUGGGGCAGAGGGACUCCAGCCGCUGUUCUCCCCAGCUCCCCCGGCAGGACUUCGAGGCCCUCUUGGCAGGGUGCCUGAGGGACCACUGCCUCUUUGAGGACCGCAGCUUUCCUGCCACCCUGAGUUCUGUGGGUAGCGGGCCCCUGCUGCAGAAGCUGCCACCUGGCCUGCAGUGGAAGAGACCCCCGGAGCUGCACAGCAACCCUCAGUUCUAUUCUUCGAAGGCCAAAAGACUGGAUCUGUGCCAGGGUGUGGUAGGAGACUGCUGGUUCCUGGCCGGUCUGCAAGCUCUGACUCUGCACGAGGACAUUCUGAGCCGGGUUGUUCCCCUGAAUCAGAGUUUCACUGAGAAUUAUGCUGGCAUCUUCCGGUUCUGGUUCUGGCACUUUGGGAACUGGGUCCCGGUGGUGAUAGAUGACCGACUGCCCGUGAAUGAGGCUGGCCAGCUGGUCUUUGUCUCUUCCACCUACAAGAACUUGUUCUGGGGAGCUCUUCUGGAAAAGGCCUAUGCCAAGCUCUGUGGUUCCUAUGAAGACUUGCAGAAUGGACUGGUGUCUGAAGCCCUUGUGGACUUCACUGGAGGAGUGACAAUGACCAUUAACUUGGCAGAAGCCCCUGACAACCUCUGGGACAUCAUAGAGCAAGCCACCUACAGCAGAACCCUCAUUUGCUGCCAGACGCACGUAGGGGAGCAGGUGCUAGAGAAUGGGCUGGUGGACGGCCAUGCCUACACUCUCACAGGACUCCGGAAGGUGACCUGCAAAUAUAGACCUGAAUAUCUUGUUAAACUACGGAACCCCUGGGGGAAGGUGGAAUGGAAAGGAGACUGGAGUGACAGUUCAAGAACAUGGGAGCUACUGAGCCCUAAGGAAAAGAUUCUGCUUCUGAGGAAAGAUGAUGAUGGAGAAUUCUGGAUGAAGCUGCAGGACUUUAAAGCACAUUUCACGCUCCUGGUCAUCUGUAAACUGACCCCAGGACUGUUGAGUCAGGAGAUGGGCAGGAAGUGGACAUACACCGUGCGGGAGGGGAGAUGGGAGAAGGGGCGCACAGCUGGUGGCCGGAAGAAGGUGCAGGGAGGCACAUUUUGGAAGAACCCUCAGUUCCUGCUCUCUGUCUGGAGGCCUGAGGAGGGCAGGAGGUCUCUGAGGCCCUGCAACGUGCUGGUGUCCCUACUGCAGAAGCCCAGGCACAGACACCGCAACAGGAAGCCCCACCUCGCCAUUGGCUUCUACCUCUUCUGGAUGAGUAAGACCUACGAUGACCAGAAGAGACUGCCCCCUGCGUUUUUCCAGAGAAGUGCUCCCCUCAGCCAGCCUAAGACAUUCGUCAUGGAGAAAGAAGUGAGUCAGGAACUGUGGCUGGACGCAGGGACAUAUCUCAUCGUGCCCUGCACGUCGGAGGCCCACCAGGAGUCGGAGUUUGUCCUCAGGAUUUUCUCCAGAAAACACAUCUUUUAUGAAAUUGGCAGUAAUUCCAGUGUUGUCUUCUCUAAGGAGAUAGAAGAACAAAAUGAAGGGCAGAAUGAAUUUUUCACCAAACUCUUUCAAAAGUAUCCAGAGAUCAAUGCAGUUCAACUGCAGAAUAUCCUGAACCACAUGACCUGGUCAGGUCUGGGGAGCACACAGCCCCUCUUCAGCCUUGAAGCCUGCCAGGGGAUCCUGGCCCUCCUGGACCUUAAUGCAUCGGGCACUGUGAGCCUCCAGGAAUUCAGGGACCUGUGGAAGCAACUAAUGCUCUACCAGGAGGUUUUCCACAAACAAGAUAAAAAUGGGUCAGGCUACCUGAACUGGGCGCAACUGCGGGCCGCCAUGAAGGAGGCAGGGAUCGUGCUCAGCGAUGACGUCUGCCAGCUGAUGUUGAUCCGCUAUGGUGGCCCGAGUCUGCAUAUGGACUUUGUCAGCUUUGUUCACUUGAUGCUGCGUGCGGAGAACAUGGAGGAGGUUUUCCAAAACUUAACCCAAGAUGGCAAAGGAAUAUACCUGCAGAAGCCGGAGUGGCUAAUGCUGAUACUGUACUCCUGA